AUUCAUUCGCGUCAGCAACAGCAGAACGACGCAAACGGAGGUAACUGGGGGAGAAAAAAAAAAGAAAGAAAGGAAAGAAAGAAAGAACUUAUCGUGUGAAUCUGAGCUGCAGUCAUGGUGUGUAUCCCCUGCAUCGUCAUCCCCGUCCUCCUGUGGGUUUAUAAACGCUUCCUGGAGCCCAUCGUCUAUCCGUUCAUCGCUCCGUUCAUCAGCCGGUUCUGGACCAAAACGGCAGUGCAGGAAACAGGAACAAAUGAUACAAAGGGCGGGCAAACAAACCAACCUAGCAAGACCGAAUGCAACGGAAACGCAGACGUGUGUACAGCUAACGGGACGACAGCAGUCUCGGACAAAAAGAAGGACUGACACUAUACAAGCCUGUGUGAACAUCGAUCAUGAUUUAUGCAACAGACUGUAGAUACUUUGAGCCUAACUCAUGCUGAUCUGAUAUGUUACGCAAGCUUAAUUCAGUCUCCUUUAGAAUUUGCUUUCAUAGAAUAAAUGUAAUAUAACAAUUUAAUCUUAAUUUAAUAUGUUGACCUUGCUUACUCAUCAUUCCCAGAAGACUUCAGACCAGAUUCAGGUGAUUUAUUUGAUAUGUUUCGAGAAUGGUAUUGCAGUUAGUCUGUAAAGAGAAAUAAAUAUUUAUGGUUCA